GACUUCGGUGUCGCAGCGCUUCUUCCUGUUAGCAAAACAAGCAUGCUCGAUGGACCGUCACUAUGUUGACAUGAGAAAACGGCAAGGAGUCUUAUCAGACUGACUUUUAUUCUUUCUAACAUUAUUUGCAUUCAUCACAUUUACUCGGAUGUUUGUUUUAUGCGCUUCAAAGCUAAUAUGGCUUCGGAUGAUGUUGAAAUAGUAGUACUAAAUGCAAAUUAGUUGGAAUUGUAAAAGUGAAACAUGUUUUUUGCACAUCACCUGCUUUAAAAAACUAAUUCAAGCGCUUUUGAUGAAUGGAGACAUGAAAAACCAUAAAGAUGAGCCCUGCUGCUCCUCCUCGGUGCCUCCAGGCUGGAUGAAAGUGGUCAAACAGAGAAAAACAGGCAAGACAGCAGGGAAACUGGAUGUCUAUAUAACAAGCCCCAGUGGAUUGACCUUUCGAUCCAGAGCAUCUUUGCACGCCUUCCUGCUAACCAGUGAAGAAGAGAACUUGACCAUAAACCUUUUUGACUUCACCACAGACAAAGAUAAGUCCAUUAUAUCUGAACCUCUUAGUCAAAAUCAGAAGAGACGAAGGAAAAAACAAACAGAUGGACAUCAGGAGAAAGCAGACGAAAAGCCGCACAUGUUUACAAGUUCAUGUCUCUCUCUGGAAAGUGGUACUAAUGACAGCAAACCUUUGGAAGAUACCAUAUCUGUGAGUAGAGACGCCGUGCCGGAGUAUUUUACACCUAGUCAAGAGGUCUGUGAAGAUAAAACUGAUGAAGCUUUAAAGGAUGGUUCAGAACGUGCACUGUGGAUGCAGGAUGUGGAGAUGCACAAGAGCCCUCAGAGGGUGGGCUCUCUGAGAGAGAAGCUGCUCCGACUGGCUCCUUCCACCAAGCAGCAGAAUGCCCCCUUUAUUUACAGCAGCGAACAUGCAGACACACAUUCUACAGAUCCAACAGAUGAAACGGAGACUGACUGCAGGAAUGCAGAUGAGAAGAUAGGUGAUGCUGAAGAGGAGGUGGUACCUGUCAUCGCUGCUGGGAGCUCCACGCCAGUUAGAGAUUCCAAGAGCAAGUCCAAAGCUGUGGAAUCCAAACGGAAGACGAGUCCGUAUUUCAGUGGAAAGUCCCUCAGAGAUGGGCUUAGUCCACCCAGGAGAAAAGCCUUCAAGAAAUGGACUCCUCCACGGUCUCCCUUCAACCUCAUCCAGGAGACCCUGUUCCACGAUCCAUGGAAGCUCCUGGUGGCCACGAUUUUUCUCAACAAGACAAGUGGAAAGAUGGCCAUUCCUGUGCUUUGGCAGUUCUUUGAGCGCUACCCGUCUGCAGACGUGACCCGGGACGCCGACUGGAAACCCAUGUCUGAACUCAUGAAGCCCCUUGGGCUUUAUGAGCUUCGCGCCAAAACCCUCAUCCGCUUCUCAGAUGAAUAUCUAACCAAACAGUGGCGCUACCCCAUCGAGCUGCAUGGGAUCGGAAAGUAUGGUAAUGACUCCUACAGAAUCUUCUGUGUUGAAGAAUGGAAAGAGGUGACACCAGAGGACCACAUGCUAAAUAAAUAUCAUGCCUGGCUGUGGGAGAACCAUCAAGCUCUUGGACUUUAAAAUUGACUUGCCUAAGAAGUGGUUAUACAGUUUUAGCUUGAUCAUGAUCUUCUGGAUUAUUUCACCUUUUCUUUCAUUUAAAAUCUUGUUUGACAGGUUUUAAUUCAUGUUGAAUAAAGUAUUUUAAGUCAGU